UUCUUCAAAUGACCAAUGUAAAUCCAACAUGACCUGUGUUAAUGCUCUUUGUGGCUGUAAUAGUAACCAGUAUCUGAAUAAUGAUACUUGCUAUACAAAAUUAUCCUCCAAUGGUUCAUGUUCUUCAAAUGACCAAUGUAAAUCCAACAUGACCUGUGUUAAUGCUCUUUGUGGCUGUAAUAGUUACCAGUAUCUGAAUAAUGAUACUUGCUAUACAAAAUUAUCCUCCAAUGGUUCAUGUUCUUCAAAUGACCAAUGUAAAUCCAACAUGACCUGUGUUAAUGCUCUUUGUGGCUGUGAUAGUUACCAGUAUCUGAAUAAUGAUACUUGCUAUACAAAAUUAUCCUCCAAUGGUUCAUGUUCUUCAAAUGACCAAUGUAAAUCCAACAUGACCUGUGUUAAUGCUCUUUGUGGCUGUGAUAGUUACCAGUAUCUGAAUAAUGAUACUUGCUAUACAAAAUUAUCCUCCAAUGGUUCAUGUUCUUCAAAUGACCAAUGUAAAUCCAACAUGACCUGUGUUAAUGCUCUUUGUGGCUGUGAUAGUUACCAGUAUCUGAAUAAUGAUACUUGCUAUACAAGUGAGUUUUUUAAAAGAAUUCGCUUGAACCUUUUAACACCAAAAUGCAUUAAACAUUUGUACACUUCUUAUUAAGGGGAUAUGCGCGGAAAAAAAUCACAAAAUUUCUUGUUUCUCGCCAUGAUGGGUUUCUUGCACUUU